AUAAACCAAGAUCUGUGAGAGAAUACAGCCACUUAAGGCGCACUGAGAUUGCCCAGAUCUUGUUGCAAUAACGCUGCGCCGAAGUUGGUACCGACUUCCUGUUUUGUGGCCGAGCAUCGGCUCAAGUGAUCUGUGACUCUGGGAUGUUCACGCCGUGUUAGUGCAGAGGAGGCCGGAGUAUGGAGCUGGUGUCCGUGCUGCACGAGUUCGAGUACACGGCGAAUGACGGUCGCCUCGUGUCCAUCAAGCCCGACGAAAGCUACGUCCUGGUCUCCAGAACCAACGAGCACUGGUGGCACGUCCGCAGGGACCAGCGCUCCAGACCCUUCUACGUCCCCGUGCAGUACGUGAGGGCGCUCGCGUCCCCCUCCGAGGACUCUCCCGGGCCUACCGAGGCCGACGCGAGGCCGCGUGAAGCGGCUACUCGCACGUCGGCUCCGGAGGCUUCCAGAGAGACUCGCCGCUUCUCCACUUUUGGUUUCUGUGAGAACAAACCAGAUGUGGCGCUCCGUGUGAGGCGAGAGGAGGAACAAGCCCCCGGCGGCUGUGCACGCAAACAGGACGACGUGAGAACGAGCGACUCAACACCAGUAUAUUCAUUUACGUCUGGGCAUCUGAGUGAGGACGGCCCGCUGUACGCGCGACCUCAUCCUGUGUCAAAGGUCAAAACCAGACAGAGUCAACCGGAUGAGAAAGUGGAGCAGCAACGCGCUUUUGUACUGGAUGAGGACACGGAUUACCCUUUACCCCCUAAUUCUCCCAUAUUUGGCACAAUACCGGAGCUGAACAUCUCCAAAUCUUCGAAGCUGCCCGGUCGCGUCGCUUCCAAUGACACGUUCAUGUUUGAGCGGCAGGACUCAGAUCAAGAUGCAGAAGUUACUUCUUCUACGGAUGGAGAUCCCUCUGAGCAGGUGGAGAAUGAAAGUCUGCGGUCAGCCGUGUACGUCAACGUAACGCAACUUCGCCAAAGCACCUCCGAGUCCCCGCCGUCGCCCGACUCGUUCUGCCCCGCCUCCCAGCCGGACCCAGAGGGAUGGGAGGUGCACGUUGACCGGGACAGCGGACAGGAGUACUACUACCACCCGGCCACGGGGCGCACCACCUGGGACAACCCCUUUCUGGACUCCCCCACGGACCUCGAGCCGCCCCCUUCCCCCUCGCCCCCGCAGUCUCCCGCCCUUUCUCCGGGCGCCGCCUCGCUGCCCGCGCCGCCCUCCGACUGGGAGCAGUUGAUGGAUGAGAGCAGCGGUUGCACCUACUUCUACAACACGAUGUCCGGGGAGACGUCCUGGGACCCGCCGGAGGAGCUGAGCCCGUACCCCCUCCUGACGGAGCCCAUGAGCGUGCACAGGUUCCUGGAGGACGUGCCGCCUCCCCUCCCCCAGGAGGACUACCCCACGCAGGACUACCCGGCCGCUGACCAUCCAGAGGCGUCCGAGGACCUGCUCGCCGCGGGGCCGCCCACCCUCCCUAAAGAGUACAGCUUCAGUCACAUGACCCGGACCGCCAUCCCCCGGGCCAACCUGGACCGCAGCGCGCCGCCCGGGUGGAACCUCAGCGUGGAACCCGACGGGACCUGGGUGUUCACCAACGAGCAUUCCCCGGAGCAGUGGAUCAAGUCGGUGGAUGAUCGAGGGCAGACCUACUUCUACCUGAGAGACGGCUCCAGGUCUCAGUGGGUCCUGCCUGAGGUCCCUGCAGCUGCUGGUCGGUUGAGGAUGGAGAAUGGCGGUGAGGCGGGCAACCCGUUGGCCGCCAAAAACUGGAGGCACACCAUGGCACCUGAACAGCUGAGCUCGGCCCUGGAUGAAGGGAGGUUCGUACCGACUCACAGGAGGAACACCUCGGACUACAGCAGCGACAGCUCCAGCGCAGGAAACUCUCCGGAGACGCAGCAGAACGCUUUUGGGUUUAGACCCUGGAGGAACCCCUAUUAUCUGACCUCCAAGUGGCUGCGCUAUAACGUGCAGAACUUGGAGAAGGCCGGAAUUCUCAACAAAACAAAAGUGUGUGAGAACGGCAAGAAAGUCCGGAAAAACUGGGCCCAGACAUGGACGGUUCUCCACGGAGGAGUGCUGACGUUCCACAAAGACCCGAAGUCUUCAGCAACGGGGACCUUGCACAAGACCAAUCAGAUCGCUCAGGAGGUCACGGUGGAGCUGCGAGGAGCAUCGAUUGGAUGGGCGUCAAAGGACAAGUCCAGCAAGAAGAAUGUUUUAGAGUUAAAAAGCAAGAACGGCGUGGAGUAUUUGAUACAGUACGACACAGAGAGCAUCAUCACCGACUGGCACAAAGUCUUAGUGGACACCAUAAGACAGCUGGAGUACCUGGACCAUCCCUCAGAGGAGGAGAACGGCAACAUAUACGAGAAGAUCGUGGAGCGAGAAGAGAAGGUCGUAACCACCAUAGACAAGCGAAGAUCCUCCAGGCAGAGUGUCACACACUCAUCCAGCACGGACCAGAUGGACCAGAAGCGCGUUCGGACCAAGCUGAUGAAGUUCCUCAUGAAGCGGCCGACGCUGCAGGCUGUGAAGGAGAAGGGCUACAUCCGAGACAACGUGUUUGGCUGCCACCUGGCCACUCUGUGUGCGCAGGAGAAGACCACCGUUCCUAGUUUUGUGGAGAAAUGCAUCAACGCAGUGGAGAAGAGAGGUUUAGACAUCGAUGGACUCUACAGAGUGAGCGGGAACCUGGCCGUCAUCCAGAAGCUGCGCUUCAAGGCCGAUCACGAGGAGCUGAACCUCGAGGACGGCCAGUGGGAGGACGUUCACGUCAUCACCGGAGCGCUGAAGCUGUUUUUCCGAGAGCUUCCCGAGCCGCUUUUCCCAUACAGCCAUUUUAACAACUUCAUCGCAGCCAUCAGAAUUCCUGAUUACAAAACAAAAGUGUCUCAUAUGUACGAGCUGGUGAAAUCACUUCCUCCUCCCAAUCAUGACACCAUGAAACUCCUUUUUGGGCAUUUACGCAGGGUCAUUCAAUACGGAGAGGACAAUCGCAUGACUGUGCAGAACGUGGCGAUCGUGUACGGCCCGACUCUGCUUCGGCCGGAGACGGAGGCCUCCAACAUCACCAUGCACAUGGUCUUUCAGAACCAGAUCGUGGAACUCAUCCUGAACGAAUACGAGCGCUUCUUCUACUCCAGCUAAAGUGGUCGGAAGCCUCCGGUGCAGAAGCCUCCGGUGCAAAAGCCGGGCUAGAAACGUCUCUCAACGUGCUCGAGUUGUCAGACCAGCUAGAUUUCCCCUUCUCGCAUUCACACAAACAGCUUCAGUGCAGCAGCCGAGGUGAAACUCCUUUUGUAAGAUAAGUUUAAGGGCUCUUUAGGUUUUCUUUGCUCAGAAUAUGUGAGAUUUAACCACGUUUAAAAAAAAGAGUUAAAAAAAAUCUUCCAAUGGGAAUAUUUAAAGCAUGCUUAACCACUGUUUAGUUCACACGUAGUCCGUACGAGGUCGGGCGAUAGAUCCGUCUUUGGCAGUAUUGUAGUGGUUGACUUACACAAGCUGCUUGUGCGGGUUGAAGAAGGAGUGUUAUCAGAUUGCUCGAGCUGUCUUGAUCUCACAAAGUCACUUUCUGGAGAUUUUAAUUGUUUAUUUUGUAUUUUUGCUCCUUGCCAAAAUGACAGUGAUAAUAGAACCCAAGCCGAGGCUGGACGGAUGCAUUGAUACUCUCCUAAAGAAAUGAUCAAUGAUUGCUAGCAUCUUUAUUUUAGAAAUUACUUUUAAAUAUUGUUUUGAAUUUGAAAUUCCCGUAUGUCACGUAUGGCAAUAACUAAUAUUGUAUUCUAAUAUUGUGUCAUUUUUACCCAUGAAUUUUAAUGUAAUAUAAGAAAUGUAUUAUAAGAAAUAUUAAAACGAACAUGUUGCUGUGAAAUAGAUGAUGACAUAGAAUACUUGUGCAACUUAUAGAUUAUUUUCCACUGGAUAAAAGAGCAUAUUCCAAAUCACGCUGUCCUUGAAGAAACUGUAUAAUAACACGGAAAUAUAAACUAACAAUUCAUUUUUUGACGGUAAAAUCAGUUUGCAGGAAACAGUGAAAUGGAUCCUAGAAGAGAUGAAUGACCUGUAAAUAGAAAUAGGUGGUAUAAUAAUGCAGAAUGUUGUUCACAUUGCACAAGUUGUUACAUAAUAAAAAAUAACUUUGUUAAAAAAGUA